UCGCCGGCGAAUAGUGUGGUCAUACAUGUGUAGUCAUGUACAAUUUAAGACGCUUGUGUAAAAUUCUUCCGGGCGUCGGAUAUUCCCGCACACGCUGGAUGGCCAGUCAGCACAAGCGCCGUCCGCACCCAGGUAGCCUGCCCCCGGAUCGGAUGGACCAGCUCCGCAGUGAUAUUUUUGAGCGGCGCCAAGAACUCAGUAGCGCCGAGUGGACGGAAGUGCGUCAGUCCCUGGUGGAAGGCUACAAGCACAUCAACGGACACAACGUGGAUGCCGUGAUCCUGGGCGUGUGCAGUGAACCACGACAACUGCCGUUGGCCAAGAACUAUGUGGAGUUUCUUCGGAGCAGGGGCUCCAAACCAAAUGCAGCUACUCUGGGUCGCCUGUUGAGGGUCUACAAUGCCGCUUACCAUGAACGACCCCUAAGCAAAGAAGAGCAGGAUGAGAUUUUGCAGAUAUGUAGGACACUCCAAGCGGAGCACGAAACUCUAGACGCCAACAGCUGCGAGCAUGUGAUCCACGGACUAGUGGCUACUGAUGGCGAGCAUUGGCAGGGCGCCCUGUCGCUUCUUGACAUGAUGAAAGUCACGAGUACGCCCACCCUGGCCGCCUAUUCCGCGCUAGUGGAGAAGGCCUUUUGCGCGGAGAAGUCGGAUCAAGAGCUAUCCUGGCGUCUGCUGGAGGAGAUGGCAACGGCUCGUAAGCCGCCCAAAUGCGAGGUCUACUUGGCGCUGCUUAAUCGUCUGGCCAAAGAAACUACUCAACUACCUGUCCAGUUAAGACGCCUGUUGGAAUUCCUCGAGCGUUAUGAGAUUCUAGUUAGUAAGCGAGUGGCGGAACGUUUGCAGGAGCUGGCCCAGCAAGUACCACACCUAUUGCAGGCUAAUUGCACAGGCUUGGGACCUCUGGGAAAGUGUCAGUCGUGUCAGCAGCACCUCCAGCCAGUGGCCAUCAGCGAUGAGCAGUUCCGACGGCUCAGCGAGUGUUUCCUGGAACGGGUGCUCAUAAGACGUGAUGUGUUCCAGCGUUCCACUCCCGAGGAGGUUAACAGAUUUAAAAAGUAUGUGGAGAAGACAGCUCCUUAUGACUGUGUAAUCGAUGGUCUUAAUGUGGCCUACUCUACGGGCACUAAAAAGUCGCCCCAGCAACUGGCCAAGCUGGUCGCCACAGUGGUGCGACAUUUCCGAGAUCAAGACAAACGUGUCCUGGUCCUCGGUCGGGAACACAUGCGUAACUGGUCCAAACAGGCAAUUCACUAUGUCCAGAGCAAUGCCAGCCUCUUCCUCACCAACAAUUUGUCCCACGACGAUCCUUUUCUGCUUUAUGCCACGCUGCGAAGCGGUCGGGACACUGACUUCUUCUCCCGCGAUUUGAUGCGCAGCCAUGCUUUUCAUUUGGGCCCCGAACUAAAGCCCAUCUUCCGGCGCUGGCAACAGGAGCACCAGUUCUCGUUAGUCACCCAAACUCAAACGGGUCAGAUCAUAGUCAAGGAGCCCAUACGCCACCGGUUGUGUGUCCACGAAGUUGCGGGAACCUGGCAUGUGCCCUAUUGCGAGGUGUACACCGUGCAUCCCACAGAUAGUUUUGAGGUGCCAGCCUCAUGGCUGUGCCUCAAGCUAAAGGAGCCAACCCCUUUAGAAACAAGAGGAAAGGCUAAAAGUUGACUGUGUGAAAACAUUUAGUGAGAAAAAAUAAUAGCCAAAGGUUAACAAAUAUACUGGAACAGCCGUCGUUCACGAA